CCGGCUCGGCGGCGCUGAGGAGAAAAAAGCCAGAGAGAGAGAGAGAGAGACAGACAGAACGUGGCCUCCUGGACCGAGCACUGCGGGGCCAGCGAGUCGGUUUCAACCGGGCCGAGUCCCGGCCGGGAGCGGUCCUCUUGUCCCGCAGGGAGGCGGCCUCGAGGAUUUUCGCCAACAACAGAUCCUCUUCCUAAAGGGACAGCUAUCCAAAACUUCGCUGCUGCCAUCCCAGAGACAGGAACCCAAGGUGUACCAGGGCUACUGUCAAAGUCCCAAGACUCACUCAGGUUUCUGGUACAAGAGUGCAACCAGAAGACCUCCCUGUAACAAUAGCUGGCAGGAACAGAAGCAACCUUUUCAUCCCUGGCCACGGGAUAGUGGCCGAAACUCGAGGAGCGGAAUCAGCGGGCUGGUUUCAGACAUCCAGAGACUGACUCUUACUGACCAAGAGCUUGAGCAGCGUCUCUUAAAGACCUUGGGCCAGCUUACACCUGGGAAGACUGAAACAGCUCGCAGUCUUGCCCGUCAACUUGACGUCCCCAAAAAGAAAGUCAACCACCAUCUGUAUAAGCUUCACAAGCACGGGCAGUUGUGCAAAAUAGGGGAUAGUCCUCCUUUGUGGAGGUUAGCAGAUGUUUUGAAGCCCCAGGAAGUAUCAGAACCAGAUAACCGCUCCAUCCAGAGGGACCGGGAUCAAUUUUCAUCUUCUUGGAUCAAAAGAGAAGAGGAGAACACCGUUGCUGAUCCAGAGGACUGUCUUGAUUCUGCCAUCAUGGCUGAAGUCAGGGAGAAGAUCUGUGAGUUCUUGUUCAGUGUCACAGACUCCACUGCCCACAACCUGGCCAAAAACAUUGGCUUGUCCAAAGCUCGGGAUGUCAAUGCCACCCUGGUGGCCCUGGAGAAGUUGGGAGAGGUGCGGAAGGAGAACGCUAAUCCUCCCAAAUGGUCCCUCACUGACAACAAACGCAAGCGGAUGCAGUUCAAAGUGAAAGCCGAAGAGAUCCGAGAACUUGCCCCUCCAGCCCCAGACCCCGACCCCCAGCCUCCGACUCCUUAUGUAGGGCCAGAACUGCCUGUGGAUGUGCCACCUCCUCCUAUCGCUUCUUCACCUCCUCCCCCACCCCUUCCACUUCUAAAGGUCAAGAGGGAGGAGGAGGAAGAAGAAGAAGAGGAGGAAGAGGAGGAGGAGAAAGCUGAAGAGGAGGAGAAAUUUGAGAAUGGGCAGCAGGCAUCUGAGCAAAUGGAACAGAGUGACAUCUAUCCUCCUCGCAUCUAUCGUCACUACCGCAAACGGCCCAGGUACCACUGGUUUCCCAACUAUGACAACUUUGAGAAUGGCAAGUGGGCCACAGAUGACAUCCCAGAGGACCUGAAUGCCAUCAGCAACCAGGACGAGUCCCGGUGCAUCAUGGAGUCCCCCCUGUCCCCUGGUUAUGCAGCCCAGUUUGACACAGCCUUCCUGUGCACCCCCCUUGAAAAGCUCGCAGCCUGUCAGCAGAAGAACCCUGUCAGCGGCUUGAUUGAGUACACCCAGUACACAUACCAGAACUGCGAGUUUGUCUUGCUGAAGCAGAGCGGGCCAUCGCAUGAGCCACGAUUUAAGUUCCAGGCUGUGAUUGAUGGCCGUCGGUUCCCUCCAGCAGAAGCGGGAAGCAAAAAGUUGGCCAAGCAGGAGGCAGCUGCCAAUGCCAUGAAGAUCCUGUUCUAUGAAGUUGAGCAUGAAGGUGAAGAUGGUGUAGAGCCAGAAAAAACCCUCUACGAGGACAGUUCUCCCAGUGAGACGGAAUUGUCUGAACAUACUGAGCCAGAACCUUCAGCCACAACGCCACAACUCAGCAUCUCUGGGAAAAACCCUGUCAGCGCUCUGAUGGAAUACGCACAGAAGUCGGGGAGCGUUUGUGAAUUCCAGCUGCUUUCUCAGGAUGGGCCUCCCCAUGAUCCCAAGUUCAAAUAUUGCGUGAAGGUGGGUGAUCGUGUUUUCCCUGCUGUGGUGUCCAACAGCAAGAAGGAGCAAAAACAGAUGGGUGAGGCUGCCAUGAAAGGCCUCAGUGAGGACACGAGUGGCUUACUAGAGACAGAGGACCACGCUGACCCACCAUUAGAAGUGUUUGGCAGCCAGCUUACGAAUCUGGAGGAGACCAAGACAGCCGGUGCAAAGGGUGUUGGCGAGUUGAUCAAGUAUUUGAACUCCAACCCUGUCAGUGGCCUACUGGAAUAUGCCCGGGCCAAUGGCUUUGCUGCAGAAUUCAAGCUGAUUGAACAGACAGGCCCACCCCAUGACCCCAAGUUUGUCUUCCAAGCCAAAGUGGGCAGGAAGCUGGUUCCCCGCGUCACUGCACACAGCAAAAAACAGGGCAAGCAGGGCGCUGAUGCGGCGCUCCGGGUUCUGAUCGGAGAGAACGAGAAGGCCGAACACACUGAGCCUUGACGAUCAAUGAGCUGCCCGUGUAGUGGAAGUACCCUUCAUGACCAGAUAGAAUGUCAGCCACCGCGGUUUCAACAGCUCAACGCUCGCAUCCAACACAGUUUGCUUGGGCGCAAGAUCCUGGCUGCCAUCAUCAUGCGGCGGGGGGCAGGAGGAGGCCUUGGAGUUGUUGUGAGCAUUGGGACAGGGAAGCCGUUUCAGUUUGGGAUGGAGCUGAGUCUGAAAGGGGACAACGAUUCAACUACAUUGUCAUCAGAAAUUUCUAGAAGGGGCUUCAUAAGGUUCCUGUACAAUGAACUUAUGAAGUAUGACCCUGCUGCCCCAGAUGAUAGCAUUUUUGAGGCAUUGGAAGAUGGCAAACUGAAGAUCAAGGAUGAUAUCACCUUUCACUUGUAUAUCAGCACGGCACCUUGCGGGGAUGGUGCCCUCUUUGACAAAUCCUGCAGUGACCAGGUCAACACAGAUGGUGCGGUUCAGCACCAGCCACUCUUUGAGAACCCCAAACAGGGCAAGCUGCGCACCAAGGUGGAAAACGGGGAAGGCACAAUUCCGGUGGAGUCAAGUGACAUUGUGCCAACCUGGGAUGGGAUACAGCAUGGUGAGCGCCUCCGGACAAUGUCCUGUAGUGACAAGAUUCUGCGCUGGAAUGUGCUGGGCCUGCAGGGGGCGCUCCUCUCCCACUUCUUGCAGCCAGUCUAUCUACGCUCUGUCACGCUUGGCUAUUUAUACAGUCAAGGUCAUCUGACGCGUGCCAUUUGCUGCCGCAUGUCCAGAGAUGGCGACACAUUCCAAUCGGGACUCCCUGCGCCGUAUUUUGUCAAUCACCCAGAGGUUGGUCGAGUCAGCGUCUAUGACUCUGCCAGGCAGACGGGUAAGACAAAAGAAUCGAGUGUCAACUGGGCCCUGCCUGACGACACUGAUGUUGAAGUCCUGGAUGGCACGAAAGGCAAAGUUGAUGGACCAAAACUGGAUGUGUCCCGGGUCUCCAAGCAAAACCUGUUUGCGCUCUUCCAAUUGCUUUGUGCCAAGAUGGAUCGCAAGGGCCUGCAGAAGUUGACCGUUUAUUCGGAGGCCAAAGAAGCGGCCGUCACGUACCAGAGUGCCAAGCGGCAGUUCUUCUGGGCAUUGCAGGAGAUGGGCUAUGGCAGCUGGAUUUGCAAACCUCAAGAGGAGAAGACCUUUGGUCUCUCUGAAGUCUAGCAAGCUCAGCAUCUGGGUCUUUUUUCUUUUCAUUUCAUUUUUGGAUGCGAGGGAAGGGGAGGGGUAUUUUUUAUUAUUUUAGUUUUUUUCCCCCAUUUUUUAACAGAAGCAGGAAUGUUAACUUAGGGUUAUGGAUUUUAUUUUUUUGGAGGGCUUUCCUCCAAUUUAAAAUGAUGGCACGUUUAACUCUGUUGUGAAAGAGGGGGAUGUCUUGCCCUCUUGAAUUCUACACACACACACAAACACACACACACCCUUUCAGCAACCAUUUGCAAAGUUGUGAUCCGAAUGUACAUACUUGAAAGAUUUGCAAGAGGGACAGAGAGAGAGAAAAGAUCCACCAGCAUCAGUGUUUGUCUGUGAGCUUUCCCCUCCCUCCCCAGUCAACAGGUUGCCUUCCCAGUCCAUGUCUUGGCUUUUCCCAAAACUCCAUGAUCCAAAGCCAUCUUUUUCAAGCUGUGAAUUGGUGCACCUGUCGUGAUGCACACACAUUUCUCUUCAGCAGUAGUUCUGUUCUCCCCAGGUUUAUGUGGUGGUGUCUUAGAGGUGUCCCUUGUCACUCACUUGAGUCGAAUUGCCACAGAACAGCUUGAGCUUUUUCACUCCUGAUUCAGCUUCUGGAAUUACUCUUGACUUGUUAUUGCUAAGUUGUGUUGAAUCUUUUUCAGGGUCUUUGGUACCCCUCUCUCCCCCCACUGCCCACCCCAUUUGCCUUGGUGCAAAGUGGAAAUAACAGCCCAGGGCUGCUUGGAGAUGGCUGUUUUGCAGGUGAAGUUUGAAAAAACCAUCUCCCAUCCUGUCCCAUUUCCCCCCCAGCUGGGUAUCCUCUCUCAAGUAUCAGGUGUGUGGUAACAAUAGCUGGGGUUUUCCCCCCCAAAAUAAUUCUUAGCUUGGCUGUCUUUUUGUUUUGUCUUCUAACAGCUUGCAUUGUCAAGUUGAUGGACUUGAAUGCAAACCUCGCCGUUCUGCCUCUUCUCUUCCCCUGUCCGUCGGCCUAUUGUUUCUGUGUUAAGGUGACCCAGAAAGUCUUCCACUGGUUGUAGACCUUGAGGGCUUUCUCCUUGAAGUCAGGAUGGGAAGGUUGGGAUUCCCUGUCAAACAGCUGCGAAGAACACCCUCAGCCUGCAUUGGGUUUGGGGGGCACAUUAGGCAUCUCGGGAAGAUGGAGGAGCACUGCUUGAUUCUGCCCUCAGGAAAGUUGACUUCCAAGAGGAGCUUUUCUUUAACUUCAUUCUCUAACCUCUUUUAGAGAACAACUUCCACUAUCUUUCUCUGGUGUGGUCAGUGGUGGCGGGAGUUUUAAUCUGAAAUAUCUGGAUCUCAGGUUGGGGUGGCCUCUCUUCCUCCCCAUCCUUUGGUCCACAACCCUAUGGCGAGAUUGUGCCCUUGCAUUAUUUGUUUUAAUGUUGUUGUUUUUAAACCGGGAUUUACUCUAGUUUGGGAGGUGGGGCGCAGUUUGGUAACUAUGAAAUCCUUUUUCCAGAUGCUGCCAUUUCAGAUUGCAGGCAGGGGACAGUGUGUGUGGCUGAAUCCCUUCCUUUCCCCGUGGAAGUGUUUCCUCGUAUCUAGAAAUCCAACAUGUCUACAAGAGGGGCUCUCAGCUACCUUUAUCCCGUGUAAUUUAGAGGUUGUGUGUGUGUGUGUGUGUGUGUGAUGGUGCGCAUGUGCGCACAUAUGUACUUUUGUAUAUAUGUGUUCAGUCAGUCAAGUCCCCCCACUCCCCCCAUAGUAUUUUCAUUGCACAGUCUUGAAAGGCCACCUUGGGUCCUGGUCAAACAGAUUAAAUUGUAAAAGAAAAGGAUUCCACGUUAUUUGUUUUAAUGCCCACUGUCUUUGAACCAGCACUCUUUUUUGCCACCCUGGUCCAAGCUGUUGGCUAUUCUAUAAUUUGGGGGAGAGGAAGCAAUGACUGGUUUCCUGAUUAUUUUGUGGAAACUCUUCCAAGAUAUCCCAAGUUUGUUUGUUUGUUUGAAGCAGAGGAUUCUGUCAGUCCAACCAAAGGCUUUUACCAGCUUCCCCUCGCAUCGGUAUGUCUGGGCUGUUGUGUAGUGGCAUUAAACGGAGGGACUCUCUUUAUGCAAACUCUUUUCAUCAGAAGGCAACCUCUCUCACCACUACUACAGAUCCCUCAUCCCACAAAGUUCCAUUUUUCUUCCUUAGUCCUGCAGUCUUUUAGUGAACAGAUCACAAACAGAUGUAAAUUUAUUCAUGGCAAAAAUGGAGCCUAUUCCUCCUUUGCCCACCACUGUUGUCAUUCAGGUUAUUUCUCCCUCCCUCUUCCGCCUUUUUUUUUCUUUUCUUUUUGGUAAGUCUGCUUUUAAGUGACCCUCUAGAUUUACCAUCAUGGGACAACCGAAGUCAUCACAUUCCGCCUGAAAUAAAAGAAGAUUUUCUGUAUCAGUUUCUCUGGUGUAGUUCUUCUUGGAGAAGGAGAGAAGAGGGCAUGGUUGUUUCUUAAUGCCUCUGAUGUACCUAUUAAACCCUCAUGGACCACAAGAGGGCCCUUUUCUCCCAAGACUCAUGUUGGACUGUAAAAUUGACACAGAAAUUGAUCUUUGGGUGAGGUUGGGAAAUUUGCUCCCUGCCUCCUUGAAGUUGUCCACUCUCCUGUAACACCAAACACUUUUGUAAACUGCCCCCACAUUCCAGCCACAUGCAAAGAAUAGUGUAGACUCCAAAACUAUCCCUCACUUGUUCUUUGUCAAACCAUAAUGCAGCAAAUCAUUAGCAAUAUUCUUAGGGUUGGUGCCAUUUGGGGGGGGAUAAAGGAAGGGGAUUAACAGAUAUGUUAUAUUCUAAGAAUUCAGUAAUGGUAAAUAAUGGGGUAAUGAAAUAAAAGUGACAAGAGGUACUAGACAAGGGUGCGCAUUAUCAUCAAUAUAUGCAAUAGUGAUAGAGAUGUUAGCGAAUGUUAUAAGGAAUUAUAAUAGUUUAGCAGGAAUAGGAUUGAAAACAACAAAAUUAGUUUAUUUGCUGAUGACACAUUAAAGAUUUAAUGAGUAGGUUGGGAAAAAUAAAAACUUUUAAAUGUAUUUAGUGAGAUGAUAGGGUUGCAGAUUAAUUUGAAUAAAUCAGAAAUGAUGUUAUACAAAAGAAGACGAAUAUGAAUUCAUAAAACAGGUUUAGAGAUACGGUUAAAAAGUAUAAAAAAUUUAGGGAUAAAUAUAACGAAAGAUUUAAAGGAAAUGGAAGGAAAGAAUUUAGUAGUAUUAAGGAAGGAAAGAAGUGGAGAAAAAAUUAGCAGAAUAUGAGAAAAUUCAACUGUGAUGGUUUGGAAAAAUAGCAUUGAUUAAGAUGAAAAUAAUACCAAAAUUAAAUUUCCUAUUUAGAAUGCUACCAUUAAAAGUGAUGGAAACCGAAUUGAACAAAGGGCAACAAUUACUGAAUACAUAUUGUAAUGGAGGGGGAAGAACUAAUCCACUGAGAUACGUGACAGAAGGUUUGGAUUCACUCCCGCCCUUGGAGCUUUCAAGCUGCUGCAUUGCUCCUUGCUUUCCAGAAGAAUCCCUCCCUCUGCCUCCCCAAACACUUAGCCCUUGACAACUCUGCCAAGCUGCCUGGAAGGUAGCCCACCGCCUCUUUUUUCACUCUUCAAAGCCAAGCAGCCGUUCGCCGCAGAAGUGACAUUUCCUGGCAAGCUGGGUGGCCAACCAAACAGCCUGACUCCGCUUGCCGCCAUUUUGUGCCUCUGUGUCAUAGAAUCACAGAGUUGGAAGUGCCACAGCCUUAGUAUCAGUUUAUGCCAACCUAACUGGUUAAAGAAACAACGAUGCGGUUAUGAGGCAGUGCACCUAGUAAGGCAAGACGUUAGGGCAGAAAAUGAAGUGUGGCUGUGCCUUCAGGCCACCAAUCUCUCACACACACAACUCAAAAGAUACGACAAAUCCAUGGAAGUCAGUUACUGCAAAGCUUGAAAGGGUACUUUGCAAGUCAUUGUAGUAUCUGUUCCGUUUCAGGCCGUGGUUCUCCAUCUGCGUUCCUCCUGAUGUUUUGGACUUCACCUCCCAGAAGCCUUAACCAACAUGGUCAAUGGUUAGAUCAGUGUAGCUUGGCUUAGGAGUUUGCAGACAUGCUACUGCAAAACCCUCUCGAAAAAGCUAAAAAUGAUUGAGGCUAGAGCUUGGAAAGUAACUCUUCUGAAGUGCAACUCUCAGAAUACCUCAGUGAGUAUUACAGCUAACCCCAAUCUCCCAACCAGCAUGACCAGUAGAGUCUAGGACAGUGGUUCCCAACCUGUGGGUCAGGACCCCUUUGGGGGUCGAAUGACCCUUUCAGGAACUGCAUUAAAGGGUCACAGCAUUAGAAAGGUUGGGAACCACUGGUCUAGGAGUCAAUGCAGCUGCCCUAGCUAUAAAAUUCGGGGAACUCUCCCUCACAAAAAAGUUAUCUUUCGGAGCUUUGACUGAAGCCUAUUAGCCAAAGAGAGUUAAUGGGUGAAGCAAGUCACCAAAAGGCAGGUACAGUUGACCCUCCAUAUCCACAGAUUCUUCCUCCACGGAUUCAAUCAUCCACAGCUUGAAAAUAUUCCAAAUACAUAAAUAAAUAAAUUCUAAUAAACCUUAAUUUUGCCUUUUUAUAUAAGGGACACCUUUUUACUAUAUGUUUUACUAAAAUGAGACUUGAGCAUCCACAGAUGUUGGUCUCCAUGGAAGGUCCUGGAACCAAACCCCAGCAGAUACCAAAGGCCUACUGUACAAGGUGGAGUUUGACACCAACCAGUAACCCACUUAUUGAUACAAUUUCAUAGCGCUAUCUAAUCCUUCUUUGGCAAUGGCUAAAUCCUUUUGUCACGGUUGCCUCCUUGGAGCAGGGAGUUCCACAGCUGAACGGUUCCAUUUGUAAAGUGCAGACACUAGCUUUCAAAAUAUAAUGGCUCAUCCGCCAUGAUUUGGGCAGAAUAUGCAGCUCUGGAGGUUUUAAGUCAGGGGUGAGCAAUUUCAGGUCCCUUCAGAUGUUAUUUGAUGUCAACCCAUGCUACAGUGCUAGAUAUCGAUGUGCGGGCUUUGAUCAUGAUAGUUAGCCAUGCCACCAGGUAGACUCCAAAAACAUUUGCUGUACCACUGAUCCACCUCAACAAACCAGGUUUAUUAACGUAGAGAGAUCUUGUAGCACCUUUGAGACUAACUGAAAGAAAGAAGUUGGAAACAUGAGCUUUCGUAGACUUCUGUCUACUUCCUUGGAUGCAUUUGAGGACUUAAGCGGAGGAAGCUCAUGCUGCCAUCUUCUUUUAGUCUGAAAGAUGCUACAAGAUACUGAUUUUGCAAACUAACAUGACUACAUCUUUUAGUUCUAUUAAAUGCUCUCAACCCUGAGCAAGUACUUUGUAAACCUAAUAGGUCUUCAUCAUCCAGUGAAAGGAAAGAUCAGAGACUGGCCAUAAACCUAAAGCAGCAUAGAGCUUUGUUAAAGGAAAAAUAUCUUCACCCAGAGGGGAAAAAACUUUAGAAAUUGCCAGUUAUUAUGUUGUUAACAAUUUCAAGGCGUUAUUUCCAGAAUGUUUUGACCCAACCAUCAAAAUGCUUUAAGUAACAAUCUGAAACCUAAGGGAAGGUUUCCAUUUGAAUAUUUUUCUCCCUGUGUUUGCUUGGUAGUUUUCCAUUACUGCUUAGCGUCAACUGUUUAAUGAGUAGCUAAAAUAAGUCUAGUACUGUAUACGUCUCUGAUGUGCUAUGUGUUGUUAUAUGCUGUUGGUGGGUAGAUUUUCCCAAAAGGGCUAUAAACGGAAAGUUGUGUGUUUGCUUCGGUGCCAGAUUGCGCAGCCAGGUUGCUGGACAUCAGGAGUGGCAUGUUGUUAAAUAAACUGCUGCCUUAAUUUCA